AUGACAUCUGAGGCUUUCAAACUGAAAUGCCUCUUUGAACAAGUCCGCAACGACUUUAUCAGAGACACUGGAGAAAGGCUUCAGACACGAUUCGCCAGAGAGGAAGAGGAAAAGGCCAGAAGAGAAGCAGAAGAGAAAGCUCGCGUGGAAGAAGAGCAACGGGUUAGAGAAGUUGCAGAGAAGGUUGUUGCUGAAGCUGAGGCAAAAGCAAAAGCCGACGCUGAAGAAGCAGCACACAUAGCUGCGGAAGAAGCUGCAAAGGCUAGCACUGAUGCUCUUACUCAGGGGGAGCAAUCAACCUCUAGCUUCGCUCCUCUGGUCCUAAAGACUCUAGAAGAGCUGCAGAAGGAGCAACAGAUAGUGCGAGCAAUAUUGGAUCACCAAGACUCCGUCAACAACAAUAUUCAGAACCUGCUAACCCAACUGCUCCAAAGGAUGCCUCCGCCUCCAAACCCUUAG